AUGGCACCUCCAUCUAGCAGCCUGGGCAUUGGAUCUACGGGACGGAGUGCUGAAGUCGACGCGAUUGAUCUUACUCUAUCGUCUCCAGAGCCUGAACAGCGUAUGCGCCUUCCAUCGCAGCAACAACGGCUUCCCAUUUACUUUAAGAACGAAGGAAGAAGCAGUUCAGGUGAUUCGAGGAGGAUCAAAAGCGAACGAGGUUCAUCUUCAACAGUGCCACGCGGUCAAGCUCGAGUAAUCGAUCCUCAGCAUCUCUCACGCAUUGUCCGGUCUACCGACCACAGAGUUAUACAAGCAGUAUUGCUGGAACUAUGCUCACAGUCUUCUGCGCUUAGCGGGGCUGUUGCUCGCGCACUCGCGCCCCAUUCGACAUUCGCCCGGACAUUGAUCAGGAGACAUCAGCCAAACGUUCAAGAGUCGACCCGCAGCUCCGCCAGACCACCGGUAAGAGACGAGCUGAACGACGGUCAAGAUGCGCGUGAGCGUAUGCGGCGACGACUGGCCGCCAGGAAUGCUGCCUUAGAGUCCAGUCGCAACCAAAUUCGGUCCACAUCUACUAUUACAGGCGCUCAAAGUGCACGUUCUGCUGGUUCGCAGUCCGCACCAAGGAUCAAAAAUGAGCGUCAGCCGGACAUUGAGGAGUCUGACUCAGAUCUUGAUCAGUACAUACCACGGGACUUUCCAGUCAGAUCUCAACAAGCGUCUUCAUCGACUAGAUUGCCUCUACGAGAUGUCUCCAGCUCGCACACCGCUAGGACGCUUGUUCCAUUUUCUUCAUCGCAGACAUAUAUGCAUGGCCAAGGAACACGGAAACAAGAGCCCAGAGCUAAGCCUUGUAUCAAUUGUCAUGAGGAGAUCGAAGAGGAAGACAUAGACGGCUUGUGCUUCUAUCACGUCGGGCCAUUUCGCCUGUUCAACGGCAAAUCACUGUGUGGUCAGUGUAACAAAGGUAAGGAACAACCGGGAUGCGGGUUUGGCCAACAUGUCACGAAAUCGACUACCGAGGGUGAUGCUCUCAAGCGACAUCCACCGAACAGAUCACAGUCUCCCUCAAAACGACCAAGAAUGGGCUGA